GACCUCAAGUUCAGCCCCUUCCCACCGCAAGCAAAAGCUUUUACUUCACGCUGACACUUGAUUGAUACACAAACCCUGAAUCCCAAUUUUACCCAACCAAGUCAAAUCCUCUAUUCUCUGUUGAACUCGAACAACACAGAGACAGAGAAAGAUAAGAACAACAACAACAACAACAGCAACAACAUGUAUUUAUCAGAAAAACCUCGUCCCAUUGAUUUCUACAAACAGGAAGGGACACGAGACAUGAUGAUAGAGGUGGUAUCCAACGCUGAACUUCCACCGCCGCAACACCACCAGCCACCGCCGAUGAUCCUCGGUGAGAGCAGCGGCGAGGACCCGGAACUGGAGAUCAAGGCUCCGAAGAAGCGCGCUGAGACAUGGAUUCAAGACGAGACGAGAAGCCUUAUUGGGCUUCGUCGCGAGAUGGAUGCGCUUUUCAACACUUCGAAAUCGAACAAGCAUUUGUGGGAACAGAUUUCGGCGAAGAUGAGGGAAAAGGGUUUCGAUCGGUCACCCACCAUGUGUACUGAUAAGUGGAGGAACCUGUUGAAGGAGUUCAAGAAGGCUAAGCACCAUGAUAGAGGUGGGAGUGGCUCUGCUAAGAUGUCUUAUUACAAAGAGAUUGAUGAGAUCCUGAGAGAGAGGAGCAAGUGUGUGCAGUAUAAGAGCCAUACUCCUCCUUCCAAAGUUGACUCCUUUAUGCAGUUUGCUGAUAAAGGUAUUGAUGAUACCAGCAUUUCUUUUGGGCCAGUUGAAGCUGCUGGAAGACCAACACUCAAUCUUGAGAGAAGUUUAGAUCAUGAUGGACAUCCUCUUGCCAUUACCGCAGCUGAGGCUGUUGUGGCAAGUGGAGUCCCUCCUUGGAAUUGGAGAGAAACAGAAACUCCUGGAAAUGGUGGUGAAAGUCAGUCAUGUGGAAGGGUUAUUUCAGUCAAGUGGUGUGAUUAUACGAGACGAAUAGGUAUUGACGGCACCCCAGAAGCCAUCAAGGAGGCAAUUAGGGCUGCUUUUCGGUUGAGAACUAGACGUGCAUUCUGGUUAGAGGAUGAGGACCAGAUUAUCAGAAGUAUUGAUCGUGACAUGCCUAUAGGCAAUUACACUCUUCACCUUGAUGAAGGAAUGGCUAUUAAAGUAUGCCUUUACGAUGAGCCUGACCAUAUUGCUGUGCAUACUGAAGAGAAGAUAUUUUACACCGAAGAUGAUUACCGCGAUUUUCUGACGCGUCGUGGCUGGACUUGUCUAAGAGAAUUUGACGGCUAUAGAAACAUUGACAAUAUGGAUGAUCUUCGACCUGGUGCCAUAUAUCGUGGGGUGAGUUGAGGGCAGAUGCAUGGUAUGAUCUAACUUAGCGAUUUGCAUCAAGUGUAUAGUGGACUAAGGGGGGAGAGAGUUAAAUCUUUUGAUAUAUGUGAAGCAGUAACCUGAAACUGUAUUUGUGUAGCUUUUUGAUAAUGCUGUUAAUAGUUUAUGUCUUGGUGGUAGGAAAAUGAACAUGUACCUCUGCAGAAAUUCCGUUCCUAUCAUUGGUCUCAACUUUCUGUAAAUAUGAAGUUGCUGUUAGAACAUAUUGUUGUCAAGAUAUUAUGUAGGAUCAUUUUUAUCAUUUUUUUACUUCUAGGUCUAUGAAUUUUUCUGA